UGCGAACGUCCACCAUCAAACUCCUGUCACUCGCUUUCCACGUGGCUCCUCCUCGAUAGAUCGUCCAACCCGUCCAAUAUCUCCCUCUUCGCAAUACCGCCAUGCACAUCCCCGUCGCCCUACGCUCCCUGGCCACAGCGGCCCUCUUUACGCCCUGGAACGCGAGCCAGUGGGUCGCCUCCGACGACACUGUCCGCAACGGCACGAGUCAUUCAACCCUCGACAUCAUCGCGCCCGGCGCCCCCGGCAACCCGUUCCCCGAGUCUGUCGCCAACUUCCACGGCACCCUGGACUACGAGACGCUCGGCGGCGCUGGGUUCGCCUCCCAGAGGACCGUCGACGACUGGCCCGGCCUCGACCUGUCUGCUUUCGACACCAUUACCCUUGAGAUCCCCUACGCCGACGGCAAGAGGUACUCCUUCAACCUCAAGGACACCGUCCCGCCGCCCAUCAAUGGCGUCGAGCAGUCCGGCGUGAGCUGGGAGUUUGAAUUCCAGCUCCCGGCCGUGGAGCACACCGACGGCGCUGUCGAGAGGGUUGUUAUGCCCUUUUCCGAGUUCGUGCCGACAUUUCGCGGCCGAGUGCAGAACGACACGGCGCCGCUCGACCUGACCAGCAUCAAGAGGGUCAACAUCAUGAUCCGGAGCUUCUUCGCCGAGCAGGAUGGGGACUUUGAGCUGCAUAUCAAGUCGGUUAUCGCAUCGAAGCGGGGCGUCGAGGAAUUGAGAUCCACCUGAGUAGCUGCGUCGGCUCAUCAGCCUGAGCUGCUUGGUAUUGGCAUUGAUGCAGCGUUUCUAAAUAUUGACGUUUGUACGCCUUGGAAGCCAUCUUGAGCGAGAUUCUUUUCCCCAAUACAACAACUCUGGCCUAGUUUGCCAAGUCUCUACUUUACCUAAGCUUGACCUGCAUCCGAGUUUUCAGUCCCGGGAUGUGGAAGGAAACUGACCAGUGAGCUGAGGAUCGGGAGUCAGGGACGCAUCAUUUGCUUGGUUAGGAGUGGGAUUCAGACUCUCAUUCGACACGAAACAUACGUGAGC